AUCAUCAUCAUUUAAAGAAUAAUAUUGAUUCACUAUAGAGUUGUGUGUGUGUUUUGGUAAAAUUAAUAAUUUCGAUAAUGUUAAAUGAUGAAUUGUUUUCGAUUUUUCGACAAGAACAUUAUCCAACAUUUUAUAAAUAUAAUGGAUUGCCAAAAUUUUGGAUCGAUAUUAAUCUAUUUCGUUUGGUAUCAUUGUUUAUAGCUAUAUUAUUAGCAUUUUUAAUUAUUCUUCCUGGAUUUCGUGCAAAGAAAUUUUCGGUAGCAUUACGUUGGAGUACCAGUCUAAUUAUUUUAUUUCUAAUGCUUUUUUGUAAUCUGAUGCCAUAUUGGGAACGUGGACAAAUACGAUCACAAAUGCCGUAUCGUUUUGGAAGAAAUCUUAACAUUGAUGCAACGGUUGGAAUUAAUAUUGGAUUACGUGGUAUCAAUAUUACAUUGAUUGGUAAUCCAAUUAAUCAACAUAAUGAUACAAUCGAUUUUAAUGAAUAUUUUGAUUGGACAUGGUCACAAGGAAAACCUGGUUUUGGUUAUGAUGCUGGAAAGUUUCAAAAAGAUUAUCGUCAUGCACAAUUUCGUGGUCUACCAUAUCCAAUAUUAUGGAUAGCCGAAACAUUUACAAUCGAUUAUGAAUCAAUACAUAUUGGUCGUUAUUAUCGACAAGCUGGAUGGCUGUACCAUUAUUUAUCAUAUAAUAUACUAUUUCAAACAGUUAUCUAUUAUGGAUCAUUAUGGAUUAUAUUUACUGGAAUUAGUUUAUUAAGUGCAAAUUUUAUUGUUAUUUUUUAUUCACAUUGUUCAAUACCGUUAACAUUAGCAUUUGAUAAUGGUUUUUUAAUUACACAUUAUUCAUGGUGUUUUUAUAUAAAUCUAAUUAAUGGAAUAUUAUGCAUUAUAAUCGGUAUUAUUACAUUGAUUGCUGAUCUUCGUUUACCGGAUGAAACGGCCGAAUUUUUCGGUAAUGAUGUAUUACAAAGUUAUGAAGAUUAUUUUGCCGAUCCACAGGAUAAUGAUGACGUAAAUGAAUUUAAUAAUAUUCAUUCGACAAGUGAUAAUGAAGUAUUAUUACGACGAAAACAAAUUAAUGGUGAAAAGGUCAUUACACAUCAGGAAAAAACGAUAGAAGGCGGUGUAACAAGAGGAUUAAAAAAACGAACCCUAUCAAAUCGAUUUUCACGUUUUCAAAAAUCAACAAUACGUUCUGUCAAAAAACCUAAUACUACAUCGAAUGAUCGACAUCGUUUCCAUGAUGAACAUAAUACAAUCAAUCAAAUUGAUCUAGAUGAUGUCGGUGGUGAUACUGGUGUGGUAGGUGUUAGUGUUACUAAUGUUAACCUGUCAAAUAUCGAUGAUAAACAAUCGGAUGAAAUUCCAUUAUAUGAAAAUUUCCGGCAAUUUUCAACCAUUGGUGAAGAAAAGGAAGAUGAUAAUGAAAUGUAAAUACAUUUCGACAAAAGGUAACCUGAUGCCAUCUAGCUAUUGAUAUGAGAAAAAUUAUUAUUUCAAAAAU